AUGAGGCUCCUCCUGUCCGUGAGUUUGAUCGCGGCCGCCCUGGCGAUGGCUCCUGUCCGCUUUGACAGGGAAAAGGUGUUCCGGGUGAAGCUCACGGAUGAAAAGCAAGCAACCAUCAUAAAGGACUUGGCCAAAGCAAUGGAGCUGGACUUCUGGUAUCCAGAUGCUACCCAUCACGUGACGGCUAAUAUGACGGUGGAUUUCCGGGCGAGGGAAGAGGACGCCGAAGCCAUUAAGACCGCCAUGGAGCGCAACCAGAUGCACUACAUGCCCUGCCAGCCGCAAUCCGGGCCCAGCUCGGAGUCCUCGCCCAGCUGCACUGGUGCCAAGGGUGUCGGGAAGCAGGAUGAGAGAAAGACGUCCAUUUUCAUGGACUGUGGCAUCCACGCCCGCGAAUGGAUCUCCCCGGCCUUCUGCCAGUGGUUUGUCUACCAGGCAACCAAAAGUUAUGGAAAAAACAAAAUUAUGACCAAACUCCUAGACCAAAUGAACUUCUAUGUUCUUCCUGUUUUCAACGUUGAUGGAUAUAUUUGGUCAUGGACAAAGAAUCGCCUGUGGCGAAAAAAUCGUUCCAAGAACGAAAACUCCAAAUGUGUUGGCACCGACCUCAACCGGAAUUUCAACGUCUCCUGGAACUCAUUUCCAAACACCAGAAACCCGUGUCAGGACGUCUACCGAGGCGCCGCACCCGAGUCGGAGAAAGAGACGAAAGCGGUCAGCGACUUCAUUCGAAGCCACCUGCCAUCCCUCAAGGCCUACAUUACCUUCCACUCGUACUCCCAGAUGCUCCUCUUUCCCUACGGAUACACUCACAGGCUGGCCCCUGACCAUGAGAGCCUGAACAAAGUUGCAAAGAUCGGCGCUGAAGCUUUAGCCACCCGAUACGAGACCCGGUACAUCUACGGCCCAAUCGCAUCCACAAUCUAUCCGACAUCAGGUUCCUCCUUGGACUGGGCGUACGACGUGGGUAUCAAACACACCUUUGCCUUUGAACUCCGAGAUAAAGGCAAAUUUGGGUUCCUUCUGCCAGAAUCUCAGAUAAAGUCAACCUGUAAAGAGACCAUGCUAGCUGUCAAGUUUAUUGCCAAAUAUAUCCUCAAGCAUGCUUGCUAAAGAAUGAGCCUCAGUUUGGAAGAAGUCAGCUCAUCCAUGUCUGCCUCUCGUGGGAGUUUCCACGGUCACCCAGCCGUGGACGCAGCCUCCCCGCCGCAUGAAAAAGUCCUUUUGCUCACUCACCUGCGCGCUGUCAUUUCUCUUUGCUCUCAUUCACGUUCAGUGGCGCCUUCACGACGUGGCAAGAAAGAAAAGCUUGUUCUCACAUUUUCUUGUUCCAAGUGAAUUUAAAACCAGUGGUAGAGGCGCAGAAAGGAAAUGAAAGCCUUCAAUUUCUCCAGCAUCUGGUCAUGACCACAUGGCUUCAUCCUGGUGUGCGUGCUAAUGCAAUAAGA